AGUAUCUACUCCAAAAGAACAACGAAAGAUCCACCAUACAGGGCCCAACCAUUUGAUUUUCGAUCUAGGUAAAGAACCACUUGGAAAGAUUUCGAGCUCCAGUUUCUGCAUUCAGGUAUACCCACUUGCUUUAAUCCGCCUGUUUCUUUAUUUUCUUUCCUUCCUUUUCCCUGUGAUGAGCAGAAGGUGGCUGUUGAUGUCGGUUUUGUUAAUCAGAAUAGUUGUUAAUGCUGUUUGGGUUUAUUCCUCUAGCUUGGUUCAAGGGAAAGUGACAAUGGUUCUCGUAAAUGGGUGAAAUUGCUUGCACUUGUAGGUUUAGCAGAAGUUGGCAUGUGGGAAGUAACAAUUUUGAUUGUGGGGUUUUCUUUGUCAUAAUUGACAACAGCAAGUGCUACCCUUUUCAUCUUUUAUUCUGUUGGGUUGAAUUCUGUACGUGAAUACUUGUAAUUUUUUUCUUCUUUGGUGGAAUUCUUGGGUUGGAUUCUGUUGCUUGUUGCAUUGUCGGCAUCUAAUAGUUUCCUUUUGCAGCUGAUUAUCAAUGAGAUUGCCAAUGAUCUUGUUAAUUGAAUGAUUGAGAUCAUAAUCAGAUGUAAUAAAGGAUUGUGGGUUCAGUGCGGUAGAAUGUGAACAAUGUUAAGGGAUCUUCUUUUCUGUUGUUCUAGAUGAUAAUAAAAAUUGCUUUUGGGG